AUGGCCGCCCUCCUCGCCGUGGGCCUCGGUCUGGGCGCCGAAUCCCUCAGCCGCAAGAUUAGCGAGAAGAAAGAGAGUCGUAUGGCGAAGAAACGCGCGCUGGAACAUGAGGCUGGGGAGCGUAGUGCGGGGGCGGUGCAGAAUGGUGGGUAUGUGUUGGGGAGUGAGCGGAAGAGCGCCGAGGUGAGGAGGGAGGCUGAGUAUGAGCAGCGACGGGGGAGUGAAGAUGGGAUGGGUGGUGAGGAGCCGCCGCCGAGGUAUGAGGAUGUUGUUAGGGGGGCGUAG